UUUAAAACUAGACUAGACUUGAGUCACACAGGUACCUCGUGUCUCGACUGGCGACGUGUGCUGUGUACGUGAGUGCACGCACGCCUCUCCGCCUGCAUGGGCAAAUUGAGCUCGCACCACCCAGCAGAUGACAUAUUUUUGUAAUUCCUACUCUUUAUCGAAACUCGCUGCCCACAGCGCAUGCGUGCCGUAGCCCUGUGUGUGUUUUUCAGUUCGUUAUGUAAUUCCGCUCCCUCUCUCUCUCUCUCUCUCUCUUUUGUUAUCAACGGAACGGCGUGACGUCACCAGCUCCGGCAAGGUCUGAGCGGCUCACGGCUGCUGCUUCCAGACCAGCUAACGGGACAAAAACAAACCGUAGCAGCGCUAAAACGGGGCAGAAGGCGACUCGGGCCAGUCUGAAUGUGUGCAGAUAAGGUAUUGCGCGUUUUGCACUGACUAGCUUUUUAUGCAACCCGCCCUUGCUUACCAGGAACGACGAUGUCCGAAGCUGCUAAAGCUACUUCUACAGACAACAACGGAGACUCUGGGCUAAAUGGGUCCUGGGUGGAGUUGGAGAUGAACAGAGGCACGGCCGGAUCGGCCCAGUCAUCUUCCACAGUUGGCCCAGCCUCGGGUCUGCUGCCCCUUCCUCAGGUGGAGGAAGAGGAGGCCAUGGUGGGGGGGCUGGAGCACGUCCCGUCCUCAUCCUCAAUCCAUAACGGAGACAUGGAGAAGAUCCUGUUGGACGCCCAGCAUGAGUCGAGCCGCAGCAACUCUUCCUGCGACAGCCCCCCGCGGCCCCACAGUCCCCAGGAUGACGGACAGAUCAUCUUCGACGUGGACGUGACCAGCAGGAGAGACAGCCAAUCAGAAGAAGACAUCUUGGACAAGGAGAGGGACAUGGACAUCCUGAUGAAGGACUCAGACUGGGUUGCUGACUGGUCUAGUCGACCGGAAAACAUUCCCCCCAAGGAGUUUCAUUUCCGUCACCCUCGACGCUCAGUAACGCUCAGCAUGAGGAAGACCGGGGCCAUGAAGAAAGGAGGCAUCUUCUCCGCUGAGUUCCUCAAAGUCUUCAUCCCAUCGCUGCUACUAUCACACAUCCUUGCUCUGGGGCUGGGUGUCUACAUUGGAAAGAGGUUGACCACGCCACCAGCCAGCUCUUUCUGAACCUGAAUCUGAAGAAAAGUGCCUGAGAAGUGGCCAUGAGAUGUUGGAGAAAGUUUUGCUGUUGUGAGAAGAACGCCCAUCUCUCCUCCCUUUGUCCCGCCUGCUCCCGCUUCCCCUCCUCGUCCCUGAGAUAUGACAUGUUCUCAGGAGUAAUGCAUCUGCCUCUUCCCCUUUCUCUCCUCCUUCCCCACCCUCCCCUCUUUUUUUUUUUUUUUUUCCUUGAUCUGUUCCUGACUACUGUCUGUAGAUAUCCCUCUCUCUGUCCCUUCUUAUACCCUUCACUCAUUUGUAGAAGCUUUUUAAAGAAUGAAUAAGGUCAUAUUUCCCUCUCCCAAGCGAUUUGGUUUAAAUGUUUAUAACGGGUGGGUUUUCAGGGAGAGUCGCAGCAUUAAACCAAACUCUUCUACUACACAUGAUGUCCCAGUGCCCUUUGAUCAUCUGACAACAAAAGAGGACUUUCCAGUUCUAGAACUGACCACAGAUUGUGCCACCACCGUGAGUAGCCCAACUCGAUCUCGAUGGGUUUGACCAAAUUCAGAGUCGGCUACACAAACUGAAAAUGUGAUCAUGCCUUUUGAAAGUAGCCAUUUUGCUAUCUUUAGAUAAGAUCGUCUUUUUUUAAUUUAUUUUACAACAGUGAUAGUUUAUUGAGAAGUCGUAUUAAAGAAAGGGGGUUACCAUAGUGACCAUCCCAAACCACAAGCGCUCAUGAAUUGCACUGGGGGAGUCUCUGGCUGUCUGUCAGAUGAGAGAGAAUUACAUUAUUUUACCUUUUUUCUGUGACAGAAAGUAGAAACUUAAAAUCUAUUGAAUGAAUAUUUUGCAAAGUGACAAUAACUGGAAAGCAGGGUGUAGAUGUGUGUGUGGUGCAGACAGGCAGUGUGUCCCUCUCAGUGUGUACCCUAACAGUAUUGUGUGGUUGGGUCGUAACAGAGUUGCGGGGUCCAGAAAGGUUCAAUCGUCUGUCCAAACCGUCUUGUGUCCAUGUUGUCGUUCCAGUGUCUCCUGGUUUGUCUGCAACAUAUCGUAGCGGUCCUAACCGGUCACUUCCUGCUUACUUUUUCUCCAGAUUGGGCUGGAUAUUACAUGGUACAACACUGAUUGUUACAUAUAUGUGAGUUUGAAGUUAUCGAAAGUAAUUUGGUACCAAAAAGCUUUAAAACUUGAGAUUUAGGAUGGAGAAUGUGACAUUUGUUUUGAGGAUGUUUGAGUGAUUUUUAUUUUUAAAAAGUAAGAGGUAUUUCAUGAAAAUAAAAGCGGAAUAAUAAACUUUUACUUUCAUACAAGGAAACUUGUUCUCAAGAUAUUGGUUGAUUAGGAUUGUUUUUAGUUAUUAUUGAAUAAAAAAUGUCCAGUAGUAGCCAGCCCCACAUCCUAACACUCCCCAACACGUUGGCCCAAAUGCACAAAGCAAGCAGAAAAACUUCAUCAGGCUGCAGAUCAGUCGGCCCGAGUUUGGACAAGCAGAACAUACUUGAUCCUCAGUUUUCUAAUUGUCUGUCUCCUCUGAGUGACACUGCUGAGCUGCAGCGACUUCUAAUCAACUGAAGGGAGGUUUGUUUUUACCUAACGAGGAUCUACUUUAUGUGUAAACACAGGCAUUUGGCUAGAAUGCUCAGUAAGGUCGUGAAUGAAAAGCUCGAUAUCAGACAUCGGCUUCACUGCAGUAUUUCGGAGGUUGGACUGUUAUCAGUUUGCCAGACCUGGGUCAGUUGUAUUUACAAUUUAGAAGUUCGGAUCUCACAGCACAGUAGAUCUCUAGAAGUUAUGUACACAUCUUCAGUGUACGUCACGACUUUAACGUGAGGACUUCAUCUAUGGGUUGUUUGUCACCCUGACUUGAAGGCACGGAUGGGAGAGUAUCUGAAACUCUGAGUUUAGUGCAGUUUUUCUGUUAUCGACAGCUACCUGAUGCUUUCUCAAGCGGCCAGAGGAUGCAGUAAAGUACAAUAUGCCUGUCCAUGAAAUCAUUUGCAGCAAAUACGAUUUGACCCUGCAGGUCUACUCAUGACAUGCUGUCUUCUUUUUAACUUCUUAUUAACAGUGACCGGCUUAGAGCAUUGACUUCACUGUUUUCAUUUCAGCCACAGAGAUACUGCACUGUUAUUUUGUGUGACAUCCAUGUCUCUGCCUGUGUUUGUACAUGCAGCUUUGAAAAGCAAUAUGUUGGAUUGUUCUCUCCCGUCUGGUUUGUUUUGAGUUGUUUUAUUUUUCCUGAUGUUGGAGAAUGAUUGUGAAUGCACAGAGCAGGAGUCUGAAGUUUGACACAGAUCAUGUUCUUACUUAAAAUGAAUUAAAGGUGUGAAAAUCAAACCCCCUAUUGUUGAUGGCAGGGCCUGAUGUGAAUAGGAAUCGGCAGGUGUUGAAAGAGAUUUCCCUCAGACUGCGAUGGUCUAACAGUAGUUGUUGUAAUGAUGCAUUUGCUUUAAUUUUUUUUUCCCACUACAUUGGAAAAAUGAUAAACAUUUUGUCAUUAAAGAUUACCUGAAUGAA